AUGAACCUGAGAAAGCGAUGCGACAGCGAGCAAUGUGCUGAGAGCAUCCGCGUAGCAUGCAGGUGGCACGGACACCCAAUGUCCACGUUGCUCGAAGGCCAGUAUCAACGCAACGUGGACACUAGUGGACACCCCAUGUCACGCAGCUAUACACAAGUUCCAACUCUCUGCGUGGUGUGUCACAAGGUGGAUUCCAACUAUAGACGAGAAUCCCAAAGCCAUAUUCCCAAAAGCCGCAGCAACAACAAUCUCUGCAGCUCAAGAGUUUCAGUUCAAUUCUCAAAGCCUAGUGGAAGAUUUUCUCUUUAUGCUCAAACCGCCAAUGGAGAUAACAAUCAGCCUAACAAUAGCACUGUUUCCAUUUCAGAUUCUCCGGGCGCCAUUUCCACAUCCUCCACUAGACCUACGGUGAAGCGCCACACAAUUUCAGUAUUUGUUGGUGAUGAAAGUGGAAUGAUAAACCGUAUUGCUGGAGUUUUUGCAAGAAGAGGAUAUAACAUUGAGUCCCUUGCAGUUGGAUUGAACAAGGACAGGGCUCUUUUUACAAUAGUUGUGUCUGGAACUGAAAGAGUGCUGCAACAAGUUAUGGAACAGCUCCAGAAACUUGUGAAUGUACUAAAGGUUGAAGACCUCUCCAGGGAGCCACAAGUAGAACGGGAAUUAAUGCUCAUAAAAAUCAACGCAGAUCCAAAGUAUCGAGCUGAGGUCAUGUGGUUGGUGGACAUUUUUAGGGCAAAAAUUGUGGACAUCUCAGAUCACUCGUUAACAAUUGAGGUAACAGGAGAUCCUGGGAAGAUGGUUGCAGUACAAAGGAAUUUAAGUAAAUUUGGAAUCAGGGAGAUUGCCAGGACCGGAAAAAUUGCCUUGAGAAGGGAAAAGAUGGGGGAAUCUGCUCCUUUUUGGCGGUUCUCAGCAGCUUCGUAUCCAGAUCUUGAAGGAACUAGGCCACUUGAUACAGUUCCAAGUUCUGUAAAGAGAACACCUGAUGUAGUAUCCAAUACGUCUAAUGGGGGAGAUGUUUAUCCUGUGGAAACAGCUGAUGACAUUUCAUUCAAUCAAGUUCUUGAUGCUCACUGGGGUGUUCUGAAUGAUGAUGAUGAUACAAGUGGUCUUCGUUCUCACACUCUCUCAAUGCUUGUUAAUGAUGUUCCCGGAGUUCUUAAUCUUGUCACAGGGGUUUUUUCUCGAAGAGGAUACAAUAUUCAGAGUUUAGCCGUUGGUCAUGCUGAAGUUGAGGGGAUUUCUCGCAUUACUACUGUUGUUCCUGGUACAGAUGAAUCAAUUAGCAAGUUGGUGCAACAACUUAAUAAACUGGUGGAUCUUCAUGAGGUUCGGGAUCUUACACAUUUGCCUUUCGCUGAGCGGGAAUUGAUGUUGAUAAAAAUUGCUGUGAAUGCUACUGCUAGGCGCAAUGUUCUUGAUAUUGCUAGUAUUUUUAGAGCCAAAGCUGUUGAUGUCUCUGAUCACACUAUAACUCUUGAGCUUACUGGGGAUCUGGACAAGAUGGUUGCUUUGCAAAGGUUGUUGGAACCUUAUGGCAUUUGUGAGGUGGCUCGAACUGGAAGAGUGGCACUGGUACGAGAGUCAGGUGUUGAUUCAAGGUACCUCCGUGGGUAUUCUUACCCAUUGUAA